GGGCGCGGGGUCUCGCGGGCCCCGCUCCCGCCCUCCGCUCGCCUGGCCCGGACCGGAAGCGGCGCCGCACGGCCUGGGCCUGGCGCGGGGGGCGGGCACCGGGGCCCGGUCCGACAUGGGCAAGAAGCACAAGAAGCACAAGUCGGACAAACACCUCUACGAGGAGUAUGUAGAGAAGCCCUUGAAGCUGGUCCUCAAAGUGGGAGGGAACGAAGUCACCGAGCUCUCCACGGGCAGCUCGGGGCACGACUCAAGCCUCUUCGAGGACAAAAACGAUCAUGACAAACACAAGGACAGAAAGCGGAAAAAGAGGAAGAAAGGAGAGAAGCAGGUUCCAGGAGAAGAAAAGGGGAGAAAACGGAGACGAGUAAAGGUAAACGUGGCUGCGGUGCUUGGGCUCUGCUGGUGGUGCCACUUUUUAAGAGUUCCCGCCUCCCGCUGCCAACCUAACUUGAUUCUCUCCGUGUCUGGCGAGACGCGGAAACGCCUUUACGGCUGUCUUGUUUUGAGGAAGAGCAGGGCAGCCUAGAAACAUGAAUCAGUU